AUGAAGCAUACAUUGGCGGCAACACUAGUAGUUGCUGCAGUUUCGACAUUCCAUGUUGAAGGCUUUGCAUCCAAUAUGCCGCAUCCAAAGUUGGCAAUUUCACGACAAUGGAGUAUUCCGAUGAAUCAUCAAGCUCCUGUCCUUUCCAUGUCAGUGGAAGGCGACUUCGAUCCAGACGCGAUAUCUCGCGCAAGGGAAGAAAUCGAAUCUGGAUCAAUAAAAGCAAGACUUCGUGCUCUGUACAAGUUCACCCGGCCACAUACCAUCAGAGGAACAAUCCUUGGAUCCAUUGCUGGAACGACGCGUGCACUAAUUGAUACACCCGGUGCUAUUACAAAUGCAAACUGGGGCGUCAUGUUGCCCCGUGCCAUUGCUGGCAUGUUUGCACUUCUUUUGGGUAAUGCUUUUAUUGUCGGAAUCAAUCAAAUAUACGACAAAGAAAUCGAUGAGCUUAACAAACCAUUUCUUCCCGUUGCAAGUGGGGAAAUGUCAAAUCGCGCCGCCUGGGUUGCAGUGGUCGCUUCUGGUGUUCUCGGGCCAAUCGUGGUAUACAACUUGUUUCCAAAGCUUCUAUUCAAACUGUAUACAUUUGGAUUGUUCAUUGGAGGCAUCUACUCCGUCCCUCCUAUCAGAACAAAGAAAAAUCCGCUACUUGCUGGGCUUACGAUAGCUACUGUUAGAGGCUUUUUGUUGAACUUUGGUGUCUACUACGCUGUGAAGGAUGCUGUUGGUGCAUCCUUUGCAUGGUCGCCCAAGGUAUCUUUUGUAGCGCGGUUCAUGACAGCAUAUGCCACUGUAAUUGCUGUAACAAAAGAUUUGCCUGAUAUUGAAGGAGAUAAGGCCAACCAAAUCGAAACGUUUGCCACGCAGAUUGGCGUCAAACGUGUUGCACAAGGUGCUUCGCUAUGCUUGUUUGCAAACUAUGUCCAUGCUAUCCUCACGGGGUUGCUGUCGGCGCCUGGAACAUUCAAUAUGGUACCAAUGCUCGGAGGCCACGCAGUGUUGGCAACCAUGCUGGUACUGAGAUUCCGGCAACUCAACCCCGAUUCGAUGUCAUCCGUCAAGAAGUUUUACAAAAACGUCUGGGACUUGUUCUAUUUGGAGUACGGUCUAUAUACGCUAAUUUAA